CUCCUCCACUCAGAGAAGUGGGAGAGGAGGAAGAGGAAAGACGCGCAUGUGUUUUGUUUUUGCAACUCCUGCGUCUCGCCGACAUUCUUCAGCGAGUCAGAGGAAGCCGAAGAUCGAACAAACCACCAUCUCCCUGAAGAGCUAUCAGAGACGGCUUUGUUUACACACUGUAAACACAAAGUAAGCAGGGAGUUGAGGUGGAAAAGAUUUCAUGAGAUGACAUUUCGUCCCUGGAACACUCAACUGAGGGGCCAUCGUCACGCAGACCCUGUAGAGGAGAGGCCUGCAAUAGAAAUAUUUGUAUCUCCAUUAAUGGCCCAAGCAACCUGCAGGUGUCUAUUGUGAACAAGUCAAAAGAAUCGGUCCAGCAUGAGCAUCCCAACAAGUUUUCAGGGCCUGAGGGUCAGUGUGGACAGAGGAGAUAAGAUCGGAAACAAAACCCAGAUCCAGUUCCCCCAGUCUGGGGACGAUAAUGCCAAUCGUUUAUCUUCUAUAGUUGAUCUAGGAGGAAGGAGACUUACAAAGGACACGAGAUAUGGCACAACUUCAAUUCCUCCUUUGGUGUCUCAGAAAGAGUCCCCUGACAAGUUGGUGAUCUGGGGCUCCGAGCAGCAAUGCCUGGAGCCUGACCUCAGAGAGUUUGAGCUUGUAGAGUGUAAGGAGAUACAUACGUUCUUGGGAAAGAGGGAUCACGAGGAGGAGAACGAGGAGGAGGACGAUGGAGGAAGUCUGAGGGAUGGACGAGAUGAGGGUCCAAUGUCCAUAUCCUCCAGUUCAACUGCCAGUUCCACUUCAGUCGGCAUGAGGAGAAAUGACAAUGACAGCAACAAAGUGGAGAGGAGAAUGCAGAGGGACAAAGGGGGGCAGAAAAGGAUUGCCUGUCAUAGUACUGAAGAGUUAGACACAUGCGUAGCAGGCUCAACAGGGAGGGGGAAGGGAGGUCUGAAGGAGUCCAAGUCUGAGACAAAUGUGUUUGUGUCCAGUUUGUCGGCCAUCGGCCUCAGCGGGAGCUUGUCGAGUGCUCUGGACUGUACCGGAGAAGCGCCAUCUCCUAUCUCUCUGUCCCACCCCAAGACCCACCCUUACCCAAAUGUCAACAAUGCUACCUCAGCCCACACCAGGAGAAGGGCAGUCCCUGCAGAUGCCAACCAGAACUCGGCAUCAUUGCAUCCUCAGGAGAUAUAUGACUGUCCUCAGUUCUGCAGCCAGGAUCAGAGACAGAGGGAGGGAAGCCAUCACAGUAAUGGAUUGUCCUCUAACAUGGGGCUGGGCCAAAGGAGGAGGGCUGGAUUUGAUGAGAGGGUUCUUCCACCACGACGGCAGCAGCUUGUCAGACCUCUCUGUCAGACCGAGAUGGGGAGAGCGAGGAGCUUAGCAGAGCCCAAUUCAUAUCGAGAUUACACAGGGCAACCCAGUUCUCCCAACCACACUCCAGAUUCAUACAGUAAUGGGUCGAACACAACGUUUACAAAAACAUCUUUACGUGAACCCUCAGAUUUCUCCCAUCUCUAUCACACAUCUCUAUUCUCCCAGUCCAGGCAGCCCAACCAGGCAGCCCAGAGGGAGGAAGUGCCCGUAGAAAGAACACCAGUUGCAGCAACACGGUUUAGUUCCAGUCCUCCCAACCCUUCCACCUUAGAGAAGAGACCAGAGACUCAAUUCACAUACAGAAGGAAUUGCUCCAGUCCUAACAGAACAGGGAUGGAAUCCAGGUCAUCAACCCCUCCUCACUCUCCUCUGAGGACACCCCAGGGCUCACCACGCAGGCAACCCUCUAUAUACCAUGUUUCCAGGAAUGUCUCUGGAGUGAUUAGACAUAUCCCGUCAGGAUGCAACCCUGCUGUACCGACGCCAGCUCAGGGCUAUGGCAACAGUUGCCUGAGAGCACCAGUCAAAACUAAUAUAAGCACAAGCGGAAUCCCCAAAGCGCCUCUUAACAACCAGCAGAGCUCCCCCCACUCUAACUACAACCCCAGCCCCAGAGAGAGCUCCCCAUCACCAAAACUUAAGCCGAAAGGAGUUCGCCCUAAAAUUAUCACCUAUGUCCGAAAAAAUCCUCAAUUCAAGCCCCAAGCUGCAGACGGACCGUAUCAGGUAUCCUCUCUACCAUCCAGGCUCUCGACAUACUCACACGGCCAAACACCCAAUCCCUUCAAAGACAACGCUAAAGACCCCUCCAAGCCUGAGACAGAACCCAGAGCAGCCCCAGUGCUUAUGGCCUCCAAUCCGCUGUAUGACAAGUACCGGCAAGACAUGCAGACAAAUAUGUUCCCACCAGGUGUGCUGAGCCGGAGUAUCAGGCCCCCUGGACAUGCAAACACGGUCCCCCCUGCACACACACAUGCCACUCCGCAUGUGCACCCGCACAGCCACACAGCACCCCCCAAACUGGGCUGUAAAGCAAACAACUUCUAUGGGGCACCAUCAGAGGUGGGACGAUCUGCCAGUUUCAAAGGGAGUUCUGUUGAGGACACGCUGCAGCCGCGGACAGCCCCUCAGGCCGGAGGCAGUUGCAGUCUCCUGCGCUCUGGCCGAGGUCUGCGUCUCGGCCUGGGAGCUGUCAACAGGGCGGCUACGUGUGCGGCCAAGGGCAGAGGACCUGUUCAAGGGCAGAGGUCGGCACUGGUUUUCAGCCAGCCAGUCCAACCUGUCAUCCCGGCAACCAGUCAGAGAAGCCAAGAUAACACAGAUGAGGUGUUCACCCAGCAUACUUCCCCUCCGGCUCCAGCGAUGGCCGCAGCCCAGCCCCAGUCCGCCGCCAUCAGAUCCCUGCUGCCCAAAGUGAGCCAGUCGGGCCUGCGCCCCCCGGGCUUCAGCUCCAGCCGUCACCCCGCGGGCCGCCUGGCGGCGUUCGGGUUCGUCAGGAGCUCCAGCGUGUCGUCCGUCUCCUCGGCCCACUCCGCCGACAGCUCGCAGAGUGACCCCUGCAGGACAGCUCACCAUCUGAGUGUGAGUGAGGAGCCUCCUCUUCACAGAGUGACCACCAGCCCUCCGUCAGCAGAUCAGCAGCGAGGGGCGCCGUGUCGCAGCAACAGUCUCCAGCCACCCUCCACCCCGGCUCUGCCCCGGCGCUACCUGCCUGCCCAGCCUCGAAGCUCCCCUGGAGUUGGCAGGAAGGAGUUUCAGCGGAGUUCAGAGGUCACACGUUCUCUCCCGUCCUCCCCGAAGAGGCUCGCAGUGGUUCCUCCCAAACCUCAGUCCCCAGUCCAGUCUGGGCAGCGGCCCGCAGCAGCGGUGCGAGGGUCUGCUCCCCCGGGGUCCCCUCGCCGCGUGGCCCCCCUGAGGCUGCAGCAGGAACAGCAGGAAAGCCUGCAGAGGGAGAAAGAGGAGGCCCAACAGAAAGAGAGGGAAAGGCAGGCGGAGGAGAGGGACAAAGAGGAGCAGAGGGAGGAGGUUCAGAGGCUGCAGGGACGCUGCGAACAGCAGGAGAGGCAGCUGAGAGCUCUGAGAGACGAACUGAGGAAGACUUCCUUAGGUCUAGAAGCCUUCAUCAUCACCACUCAGCAUUACUGCCUCAAGAAUAAAACCACAGAGGAAAAUGAAAGGAAACUGUCCAUGGAAAUGCAAAAGAUCAGAGAGGAAAUGGCAUCUAACUCAGUGCGAUGGGAGAGGCUCUAUCGGGAGAAGACGGCGUUGGAGGUGGCGUUUGAGCGAGAGCUGCAGGAGCUGCAGCUGCAGCAGGAGGCGGAGCUGGCUGCUGUGGAGGAGGGGCUCCGAAAGGGUCACUCAGCAGAGGCUGAACACCUGAAGGCCGAGCAUCGCUCAGAGAUGGAGGAGCUUAGGACUCAUCAACAGGAGCAGGUGGGGGAAAUGGCAGUCCAUCACCAGGCCACCGUUCAGGAGCUCAGAGACAUGCAUAACAUCACCAUGGCAACACUGCAUGAGGAGCACGCCCGUACCAUGAGAGACUUGAGGAAAGCUCAUGAGCAACAGAAGAUGCUUCUCGAGGAGGAUUUUGAGAAACUCAGGCUUUCUCUGCAGGAUCAAGUGGAUACUCUCACGUUUCAAAAUCAGAGCCUGAGGGACAAAGCCAAACGUUUUGAAGAGGCUCUGAGGAGGAGUACUGAUGAACAAAUCGUUGAUGCUUUAGCUCCGUACCAGCACAUUGAGAAAGAUCUGAAGAGCUUGAAGGAGAUUGUAGAAAUGAAGAACCAGCAGAUACACCAGCAGGAGAAGAAGAUCUCCGACCUGGAGAAAGUGGCCCAGAAGAACGUGUUCCUCGAGGAGAAGGUCCAGGUUCUGCAGCAGCAGAAUGAAGAUAUGAAGACUCGUAUUGAUAUGAACCUGGUCCUGUCCAGGCAACUAUCAGAGGAAAACGCCAACCUCCAUGACUCUGUCGAGAAGCAGAGCACUGAGAAGAAGCGUCUGAGCAUGAACAAUGAGGAGCUCCUGUGGCGCCUCCAGACCAGUCCCCUCAUGUCCCCCGCCUCCUCCCCACUGCACCGCUCCUUCUCUACCUCCCCUGUCCCCUCAUCCCCGUUCUUUUCCUCCUCACCUGUAGCAGGGUGCGACUCCCCCACCCACUGUCACGGCUGUCCCAAGCAAGUUCAGUACUCCUCCCCUUCCCACAGAGCCGCCACCAAUCAAAACCUCUCCCCGGGACCAGCCACACCCACUCACAGGGCAGCGAGCAAUCAAAAUUACUCCCCUGGCCCAGCCACGCCCACACACAGAGGGUCGGCCAACCGCUGCAACUUAGCUGCAAGAUAAGCUCCCGUCUUUCUCCUCUUUCAUUCCUUUUAUCCUUGUUCUUUCUUUCUGAAUGUGAAUGGAGUUUUAGUACAUGUUGGACAAAAAGACAGAAUGUGAUCCCCAGUCUUUACAGGUUAAACUGGACAGAUUGUACAGGCAGCGUCAAUCUGUCAGGCAUCGAUGUUAUACACAGAGAACAUGUAUAAUAAUGUUAGGAAGAAAAAUGAUGCCAAUAACUGCAGCUCAGUCCAUUGUCCCAACAUUUAUUAACACAGAGUCUUGGAGUUUGGACUGUAUAUACUGUAUGAUAGUGAUGCAGAUAGUGUUUAAACCUGCAUGGAUAGUCACGAGUCCCACAUAGACAGAAACAGAGGGAAAGUAGCACAAUCGUAAGACCUGAACGCAACAGUCCAGGGUGUUAGAAACACGGUCACAUCCUUUGUGAGAGAAGAUUUAUUCCUUCUCUUUGGGAUUAGUUUCUCAGAGUCGGUUCUGUUUUGAAUGAUGAAUUGUAAUUCUGCGUCACCAACUCUGUUUUUCAUUUGGAAAAAUCCCCAACAAAGCGCCUUAUACUUGGUCCUGCCGUCUCACCAGCAGAGAACAAGCGACAUUUUACUUCAUGAAGGACUUUACGUAAAGAAUUGGUUUGUAAAUCUGAGUGGAUAAUAUCUCUCAGCCUCCUCGAGGUGUAUUUAACAUUUUGUAAUUAGUUCAGUGCUGAUAUUUUACACGUGUGGGACUCACACUCCCUGGAACCCCAGCCAUUUUACCUGCAAAACAUUUGCAACUUUGCAUUCAAAGUCUCUUAAAACCUUGUCAGGGCUUCCUACAUGAGCUACUCUUCACUUUUCAUGAUCCCUCAGGUCAACUUGUAAAAAUGAUACACCUGCCAUUUUAUAUUUACCUCUGUGGGAAUGUGCAGUCUGAACAACAACAACAACAACACAGGUACUGAAGAGCUCCAAGCGAAUGGGGAACCCAGCAAAGGAAAGACAAAUUUAAAGCUUGUUGUGGAUUUCUUUAGAAUGUGGUGUUUAUAUCUUAUUUAUUUCUUACAUGUAUUUUGCUACUUUAAGCAAGCAUGUCCUGUGAAAGUCUUCCAGUCUUAACGUGAACUUUAUUAUUGCUGUGAGCCGUCUAUUUAUUAAGCUUGAGGCGUGAAGGAAAUGAAUGUGUGUUUGUACCUGAAGAUAUCACUUAUGAGAGAUAGGACAGAUUUUUCACAAGUGAUGUUCAGGGGACUGUGUUAUGAUAUGUUAUGACUCUAUAAGCUAUGUACAUUUAAAAAAGAAAUACAGGUUAACCCUCUGUUUACCUCUGUGACGUAUUAGGAUAGCGUAGCCCUUUCUGAACCUUUAUCAACUUCCUCAUAACCCAUGGUUAACCCGUCCUCCAUUGUUUGUCAAUCUUGGAUUGUUUUGUUGUAAACUUUUGCAAACUGCACUGAAUUCUCAUAGUGCAAGAAUAUAUCGUUCAGGGAAUUAUUUUCUAAAUUUAGAUUAGAAAUACUUUCAAUUAUUUUCUUUUGUAUAGCUUCCCUACAGAACAUUAUACACAAGAUAUUUCCCGAGAUGAUUUUCCACUUAUAUGAUAUACAACAGAGAAACCAACCUUUGGUGUAUAAAAACUGGGAAUAAUUUUAUAGCAUACAGUAUGUAAUAGCUGCCUCCUUGUACUAUACUCUAUAGACUAACUUACCCUCAGGGUCCUAAUAUCUCAUCUAGCGUUGAAGAAGUCAACUCUGACAAUAUUAUAGUGUUACAUGUGAUCUCAGUGAUUUACUCACACGUUAGCACGCAAGUCUAAAACUGUCGGGUCGACAUGAAAAUGAGCUGCUGUAAAUAAACACGGCCGAUGAGGAGGGAGGAGGGUAAGUCUGCUAAAAUAAUUCUAAUGGGAGCAUGGGUUACAGUUAGUGACUAAUGUAAAGUUAAGUAGAUUGUUAAGUAGAUGCAUGGGAGGGAGGGGGGGGGGCAAUAUGAAGGCCUGCCCGAGGCCUUGAAACUCCUUGCAGCCCCCCUGGUCACUUUUUCAGUUCAGUUACAGGUUGAGUAAAUGUAAACUUUUACCAGCAUGUAAAGGAAUUUCUCUGGGUUGACCGAAUUUUCCGUAGAAGACUUUUAAGUUGAUCUUUAAAUUGCUUAUACCAGCACUUUUGAUGGUCAUGAAAACGUAAAAACUAAAAUGUUCUUUUCAUCGAUCUUCAAGAUUUUUUGUACGAUACAUCCACCGGGUUAAAACGCUCUUAAAUAAAAGAAUGUCUAGGACAGCGAAUGAUUUGAGAAACGUAUCUCAAUUCUCACUGACUUUGUACCGACACUGACGAUUUUGAGAAUGUCUUUGUGUAACGAGCAGUUGUAAGAAUAUAACCAGGAUUGUAAUUCACCUAAAAGGUCACUUCAGGUCAAAAACACAAACACAGUCUACAAGGAUGCAACAAAUCUAGUGUUUACAAAUGACAGAAUUAAAGAUAAUGAUUCAUUUCAGAUUAAUAUUUCACCUCUGAAUGGACUCAGAUCUCCGAACAGUGCACUGGUAUUGUAACGACCCUUCAAUGUGUCCUGUGGACAUCUGCGUCUCACUCUGAAUGUCAGCAAUGUAAUGACUGCGUUUUUUACAAGUCACUCGUCUGAUUUAGUUUCAUACAGAAGGGCCUCUCGUCCGACCACUAUGUAGCAUUUAAUAUGUAGCACUUGGUUGAGCCUCCCCUCAAGAAUCAUGGGUAAUUUAUCCAACGUCUCAGCACCCAUGUUGAUAUAUAUAUAUAUAUAUAUAUAUAUAUAUGCUGUUUUAGCAAAUGUUUCCAUGGCUUGUCAACCUUCAGCACCACGUAAACUAUACACAAUUACCCCUUGAGGAUUACGACAACAUAUGCUGAAUUUGUUCAGGCACUGAUUGUAUCGUUUGAAUGUAAAUACAUUUACAACAUGAUUUGCGUCUUAGUGCACCAACAAAGUAAUAGAAGCAUGUUUCUUCUGUCUUCGCUGUUUCUCGCUCUCCCUCUCUCUUCUUUUACCUCUCUGCAUUUGUGAUGGUCGACAUGUUCAAAAUGUAGCGAAGCGGUAGGAGGCGUAGAGGACGAGGAAUGAGAUAGUUUGACAUGUAAUGUACUCACACGUAUGUUGGUGAUUUUAUUUGUACUUUCUGGGGGAGAACACAGUAUUAAAAAUAUUUAAGAAAA